GAAAGUGUCAUGUCAAAUGUCAAAUUGACGAAUGUGGCCAAAAGGCGCGCCCUGCCGCCCGAUUUUUUGCGCCCUUUAUUCACAGCAGUAAUCUGUACCGACAAGAGCCAGCUAGGCAAUUUACCACUUACCAUUGAACGCGGCGGAGACCUGCCAGUGUGAUAUUCAUAAAGCCGCGAGAAAUCUACUCUGAAUUCCUUUUUUUGCCCAAAGUCUUUACUACUUUUUUUUCUCUCGCUCUCCUCGUCUCCCAUCGCCGACAUGGAACUCAUCCCUUGGGACCCAGACUCGCCCGAGCAUUGCGACCGGAUGUACCGUCAGCGGAUAGCUUGUGGCUGGGCUUGGGAAAUUGAAAAGUUCAAAGAGACCAGCAUAAAAGGCUCCGUCGUCUAUUAUUGGAUCGCUUUGAAAGACGAUUUCCCUGGCAAGGAGGACAUUAUCGCCAAGCAUACUUCCAAGUUCCCAGAGGAGUCGGCCCCCCUGCAAGACACCGCCACCUCCACCUGGGCCGAGCCGCGGGCGCCGCCGCCCGCGGUGCCGACACACGCCUUUAUGCCCUUGGGCCACGUCGGCCUCGGCCGGCUGCAGCCCGACGAUGAGCGCGUCAUGCUGGCAACCGGCGGCAGCGGCAGCGGCAGCGGUAGCGGCAACGGCUCCGCAACCAUGGCCUGGGUCGGCCCGCUGUACGUGUCGUGGGCCAUCCAGCGCAUCGGGCUGGGCCGGUUCGCCAUGGAUGAGGCCGAGCGCCUCGCGCGCCUGCCGCCCGUCGGCGCCGGCGUCGUCGGGCUCGACGCCGUCCGCGGCGACCAGGCGCUGCAGCCAGACCUGGUCAGGACGCACUACGAGGAGCGCGGGUUCCCGACCCCUGUUAUCACCAACCAUGAUUGGUACCUGACGCGGGGAUACUCGGAGUACUGGAGGAAAGACAACGCGUACCCGUGGACGGACUCGAAGACGGGAGAGCUGCGGCAGCUCGGUUGCGUGUACCUCAAGAAAGAGCUCCCUCGACCUUGAUAUUGGUUACCGGGGGCUCAAGAUGUGCAUGCUAUAAAGGGAGUUGGGAGAAUGAACAAUGCGUGAUCUCCAUCUAGUUGCGCCUAUCUACCUCGCUGCGUUCGUUCGCCUGAAGAGAAUGCUGUGCCAUGACUCCGGUAUUGCCUGGAAUUUCCACCUGGUAAACGGAAUAUCUUCAUGUAUCCUAUGAGAGCGCAAAAAGCAGAUGUAUCCCGGAAACGACAGAAACAAAAAAGAAACCCAGCCAAAACCAAGCGGUGUUUGCCAACCAAUUCCAUCCAGAAUCUGUACUCCCA